UAAAGUUAAAAUAAAUUGGCCUGUUUGUUUACCAGGCCGAUAACCACCAAAUUAACAUUUAUUUUACAAAAUAUUUCAUAGAGAAAAGUCAGUGUAGGAACAUAGCGGAUGUAUGUACCUCUAAGUGCCAUUCAAUUGAACAUAAUUGACCACUGAAUAUGGCAGAGGGAAUGGAGAGUAGGCCGCCAGACAACAGACAUGGAGACCUAGGGCGUAUGCGGGACGGCAUGACAGAGGAGGAGGGGAAGGACUUUGAAGAAUUCCACAAGAGUCUUGGGUUGGUAAGCUCGUUCACUAAGCAGAUGGUAAAGUUGGCGAUCGAACAGCUGAGGCCAGAGUUUGACCGCAUGGCCAUCAUUGCUGCUGAACGAGCAGUGGAUUCCAAGAUGCUUAAGGUUAAAGAAAUACAAGAUGAACUAAACAAGAAAGAAAAGGAACUCCAGCAGCUCAAGAUGGAAAAGAGGUUAAUCCAUUCAAGACUUGAAAAGGAGAAACAGCAAAACCAAAAGUCACAGCAGGCAAUGGGAACGCUUGAACAGAAAGAUAAAGAUAUAAGGAAGCUGGAAGGGGACAUUAUUGCUCUAAGAUCAAAACUGAGGAAACGCUCAGAGGAGGCGAAAAGGGAGAGAGAAAAGGCGGCGUUUGAAGAGGGAAAACGACUGGAAUUAGAGAGCGUGCUUCAAAAUGACAUUGACAAACUAAAGAAAGAACUGGACAAGGUCAAGGGUCAGUUUGGUCAGUUGAGAUCGGCCAAGAAUGUUGGAGAUGAAGAGACUAAAAAACUGAGGGAGAGAGAACGAGCUCUCAUUGAAGAAAUAGAGGACUUGAAAUCGCAACAGUCGCCUCGUAAACGGAAACGCUGAGUUGUUGAUGACUCACAUCAUUCGGAACUCCUCGGCCAUUUUUUCAAAAACAACCUCGGAUGUAUAUGGACGGUUUACGUACUUAAAAAGUGGUACGUUUAUUUCCGCUGCAAAUAGAUCGCGUAGUAAUCUUAUUUAGUAGUUAAAAUUUAUGACUUAACUCUUGGGAAUCGUAAUUAUGUUUGCAAUAAUACACUUCACUGGCGAUCAAUUUAAACUGAGAGCAAUGAAUACAACUCUUAAACACUACAUUUAAUUAAUGCUUUUAUUAAAAAAAAUACGGACUACUUCAACAGAUGUACCGGCAUACAUCCGAGGUUGUUUUUGAAAAAAUGGCCGAGGAGCUCCGAAUGGACUCACAUGGAAUUCUGUGUGAUUGAUUGACCUAAAUAUUGUUGCUCUUUUCAAAUUGAACCAUGCCCUUUUAACAUUUUUACAAUUUUGAAGCCUUAGUUUUGCCUUUUACCGUUUGCGCUUUUUUGUCACCGAUAGUUCACGUUGUAUGUUAUUAUUAUGUUUAUGCCUCCUUCUUUUAUAUAUUGUGCUACUUU